UUGCACCACCAUCUUGCCAGAAGCCGGUCGCUCAUCUGCCGCGAACAUCGCCAUCCCGCCAAACACUUUUUUGUAGGCUUUCGACUCGCUAACAAAAAUGAUCAUUCCAAUCCGAUGCUUUUCGUGCGGCAAGGUGGUGGGUGAUCUCUGGGAGAGAUACCUGCAGCUGAUCGAUGGCGAGGAGAUCACCGAUGGUGAUGCUCUGGAUCAGCUCGGCCUCAAGCGCUACUGCUGCCGUCGCAUGGUCAUGACCCACGUCGACCUCAUCGAGAAGCUUCUCAAGUAUACUCCCGAUGGUCGCAACGUCAAGAAGAUCGAGAUGCAGACACGCAAUGAGGAACAGGGGAUGUAAUAUGCCCGAGCGGUCGAAGAAUUCAUCAUCAACUAUUCGGGAAAGCCGACCACUCUAUCGUCCGGGAAGAGAAAACUGCAUGAUCAUUAGGCGUUUGGGAGUAUUAAGACAACUGUACCGGGCAGGGUAUAGAAGCGGCCCUGGUCUCGCAUCCAGGAGGCCGAAAGCAAGAGCUUGAUUUGGUUGUGCUUUUCUUUGGGUUAGAACCUGUGGCGUCAAGGUGCAUUUGGGACAACUGUUUCUGGUGUAAGUUCUGUUGGCGGUUAGGUCUACCGGAGCAACAUGGCCAGACACAACAGGCUACCUUUUCGGUUUGCAACUACAGUUGAGAGGUUGUGGUACCACGGAGAGCCAUUGUCUUUAGCCGGAACGUGGUACUUGCUCCGUGUGGCUAGAUGUGUCAUAACCAACCACAUCUGGUUAUCUACAUUGGCGACUUACAAGCCGUCAUGCUCGCCUGCGUGGUUUCCAACUCCUCGGGUUCGGAUGUCUUUUGGGAAUGGUGGAAAAGUCUACCGCUUCGGCUGGGCUGGACCGAUCGAAUACGAAGCGACGCUCGGAUUGGAUGGUCCUUACAAUUUGUGGGGGCAUCAAGCCAGUGCAAGGGAUGAUGGCGCUGGUGAACAAGAGACAUUCGCAAAAGGUAGCACGGCCUUCUAAAUCACACGUCUCAGUUUAUAACAUGGGUACAGACUGGGGUAGCCUACGCUAUUCGCUCAGAUGAGUAUGCUGAACGUCAUAUCUUUCAAAAGUAUUUCAAAUUCAGCGCCCGGUCAACUCUCUCUUUAUGAAGAAUUAUUCAUCUGUGU